AUGGUUCGGCUCACGGGUGUGUUGUGUGCUCUGCUGGGGGUGUAUAUCUCGGGGAAUCUCGCGCAGCAGUGCUUUGACGAGAACUCAGCUUACCGAUACUACUCCAGUUUAAGCUUGUACCCACAACAGCCCGCGGUAUCGGCACGAGAUAAUGCGCCAGCCGGCUGUCGGGCAUCUUUGUUGUUCAUGCUGGUUCGGAACGGAAGACGAACUCCUACAAAUGAGGAGUUCAACAAUUUCCAAGCGCGACUUCCGACCUUGAGGCAGCGUAUCUUACAGUCCCAGUCAAGCCAGCUGUGUGAGAUCGAUCGCAUUAACUUACAGAACUGGAAUAUGGUAUUCAACGCCAGCACCACUGACCUACUCACCUUGAGAGGAGAAGAUGAGGUCAAGGCCUUAGCCCAGCGUAUGCAGGACAAAUAUCCCGACCUGAUGAGACGGGGGUACAAUGACCAAGACUUCUUAAUCCGUCAUGCUUACCGCACAGACAGAGCUAACACUGCCACCGGCUUCGCCCAAGGCCUGGGCUUCAACGCUUCCGUUGCUAGAGGGCCCACUCGGGUGGAACGAGAUUUACUGUUACAGUUCUCUGCUCUCUGUGAAGCCGAUGAUAACGACGAUGACAAUGACGAAAUUCUGGAGGACUUUCUGGAGGCACCGGAAGUACAGAAGAUGAUGCAGGAUCUAACAGCACGUCUGGGUCUGGCUCCCAACUCUUUGACUUUGGAUGACGUAGACGCCAUGUACAAAAUGUGUGCGUACGAUUACGCCAUGGCCGUGCCGUCGCCAUGGUGUGCCGUGUUCACGAACUCUGACCUCCAGCUUUUGGAACUGAAGGAAGAUGUGAUCAGCGCUGAGAUGUACGGUUACGAGGACGAGAUCAACAAGAAGGAAACCUGCGUACUCAUGAAGGACUUUGUGGAUAGAAUGAAUGACCGACAAAGACAGGCCAACCUGAUGCCCGCAGUCGUUGCCUACUUCGCCAAAUCAGAAACCAUUCUGCCAUUUUUUACUAGCCUUGGACUGUUUGAGGACGAAGAAGAUAUUGAAAUCGAUGAUGAUAACUUGGCCUCGCUGGCCAACAGGAAAUGGCGGACGAGUUUAAUCAACCCUUUCAUGUCAAACAUCGCUGUGACGAUGUACACGUGUCAGGUGGCAGGCGGUGCACCCACCUACAGCGUUAAGGUAGCCGUCAAUGAGGUUCCUGUCACCCUGCCCAAGUGCGAUGCCACUUUCUGUUCAAUGGACAAUCUCAUGGAAAUGAUAGAAGAUUUUGCGGAAGAAUGCAGUUUUGAAGAAAUCUGUGACGGCGUCUCGGCCACUUCAGCCAGCGUGUCGUUCCUCGCGCUAAUGGCUCUCAUCAGUACUCUCUACGCAUGUCUGUUCUCCUAA